UGGAAUUUUACGUAAGGCACCUGAAGGCACUCACGAUGACGUCAGUAAAGAUGGCGCUGUCAGCGGAGCUGAAGCUGAGAGACAAACACACACAGAGGAUCUGCGUUCGAGUGGACAACGACCUGAGUUCUCUCAAUGACGGAAUAAAGGAGCUGAACGUGAACGUGUCACAGCUUCUCAGUGACCUGGUGGAGCGGGAAAAAGCCCGAGGAGCCUGCGCAGCUGGUGAGGAAGACGAGGACAGUGAUGAAGGCAGUGAUGAAGACGAGACAUCAAAAUGUGAACUACAAUGUCCAGCCAAAAGACUCAAACCAUGAAAGACUUGACAUCAAGAUCUUAGGAUGAUGAUGUCAGGUGAUCAGUCACAUGACUGGGUAGAAACAUUAUAAAUAAAAGCUGUAACAGGUGUGUCUCAGGUAAAAACAUUUUUUAAAUGUGACUGAUCAGUAGUUAUUGAUCCAGAAUCAGUCCUGAACUCUGAGUGGACAUCAUCUCUAUUGAGCAGGACAUAUGGGGACAGGUCAGGAAGCUGCUGGUCGCCGCUUCAAUAAAAUAAAAAAAUAAUUAAACAAGGCAAA